UGGGUACGAGAGCGCACAACUGUCUCCAAACCGAGGCUGCCUGCAACCGCCAUUUUUGAAAGACUCUCGUCUUCUCCAAAGUUGUCGUUGUUAUACUAGCAUUUUCCUUAAAAGAAAAAUCCAGCAUGGAAACCGGCACAGCCUGCACAGAAGCCGAGAAGUGGGAGUUCAGCAUGAAUUCUGAGAACAACCGGCUGUCCACGUUCAAAGACUGGCCGUUUGACGACGACUGUCAGUGUGUUCCGUCGAAGAUGGCAGCAGCCGGGUUCUACCACAUCCCCACAGACCAGCAGCCGGACCUGGUCAGGUGUUUUGUGUGUUAUAAGGAGCUGGAGGGAUGGGAGCCUGAUGAUGAUCCAUGGGCAGAACACAAGCGUCACCAGCCUAACUGUGACCUCCUGAAGAUCAUGAAGAACCACAAAAGUCUGGAUGAGAUCACCGUCAAGGAGUUUCUGGACCUUGAGUGUAAGAGACAGCAGAACAGAACGAAAGCACAAAUUGAGGAGAGGGUGAAAGAGUUCCGCCAGCAGGCUGCUCGGGUCAGAGGGCAAAUGGAACUACUUUAGGAUAUUUUCUUUUUAUUGUAUCAUGUCUUUAAAACAUGUUUUAGAUACAUUUUAAGAUGCCAUACUGGCAGCCAUAGUGUAGCUCUUUUAAUGGACAUAAGUGAUAAGAACGACGUACAUGUAUUUCAGUUACACUUGUCUUCCUUUUCAGUUUUUACUUCUUAUGAUUUUAAAUGAAUGAGAUUCGGAUUCACAUCUUCAGUUAUUGGUGUAAAUAUAGCAAUUAAACACAGCUGCAUUGGGAGAGGACAGAGCUGCCGAAUGUUUCUGUAAAUAUGCAUCGUAGCAGGACUUUUUGUGCUGUCAUAUAGACAUUGCUUUUUCAAUUUUGAGAAAUCAAGAAAAAUUGUUUUUGGUUCUUAUUCUGUCAGCUUGUAAAAUCAUUUCUUGGUGUUACUUGUGUAGUCAAAUUAGUUUUUAAACUCUUGUUAUUACUGAUUUUAGACAAUUUAAUUGUGUCAUAAUUUACUGUUUCAUUGCCAACAUUUUCAACAGCACCUUGUAAUCAAUAAAGCUUUUAAGGUUCUAGCA